CAACAACAACAACAACAACAACAACAACAACAACAACAGCAGCAGCAGCAGCAACAGCAACAAAUAAUGUUACAGCACCAGCAACAAUCAGGUCUCCAGGAAAUUGGUCUUUCGGAUCCAGCCAGUUCUCUGCAGCAGCAACCACAGCAGCAGCCAUUAACAGGAACAUCUGCUGCCAAGCCAGCCACUGGCACAAUCAGUGGCAUGUUGGCUGAUUUUAGCAAGGCUCUUGGUUUGGGUGGCACAUCACCACGUCCAUCUCCAUCAGAUGAGAAUCCGGCCAUGGAGAAGCAGCUGCAGCGAGGCUCACUGUACCCAAAUCAUCCACAGCAAAACUUACAGCACUACCAGCAGCAGCUGCAACUGCAGCAGCAGACACAACUCCAACAGCAGCAUCUGCUGCAGCAGCAACAGCAGACACAACUCCAACAGCAGCAUCAGACUGGUGGUAUCCAGGGUACUGUGUUGGGUAUUCUGUCUGGACAGCAGUCUCUGUUCACACAGCACCUCACCCCACAACAACAGCAAAUGUACCAACAACACAUGCAACUACAGCAUCAAGCACAGCACCUCAAGAAGAUCCGCCGUUCUCUACCUCAUUCUGCUCCUGAUCAAACUCAACAGAUUCACCAGCAGAGGAAAGAUGCCAGUGUUGGCCAGCCAGUGGUGACCACUCAGGGUGUGCCGCAGCAUCUGGUGAACAGCCAAACAUUGGUGAACAAUCCUGUCAUCUCACAGCACAUGAUGUGUGGCCAAACUGUGCCUCUCUCGCAGCACAUGAUGUCUCGUCAUGCACUUGGGAGCCAUCUUGUUACCAGUCAGCCAGUAAUGAGCAGUGGUAUUUCAGUUUCCUCAGGUCUGCAACAAGUUCCAUGCAGUACUCCUCUGGGAACACCGCAAGGAACACCAGUGGGGACUCCACGUGGAUCACGUGACACAGGAGGAGGAGAUUCAUCGGAUACCCUUAGCGAAACGGAUUCACAGAAGUCAUUGCGAAUGCGCAGGAAAUUACCUUCCAUUCCAACACAUCAAGAAGCUGUAUUGCUCCCUUCCAGCAAGAAAAGGUCAUACUCCCCGUUGCGUCAGACUUCUCUGGAUGGGAUGUUGUCUCGAGUGUCUAACCUCAUGCUGCCCCGACCAAGUGCCAGUGAGACAAAUCUUCGCAAGGUUUCUCUUGGUGUGGACCCUGUGCCUCGACCUGGCUCUGCUCUUGGCCUUCUGCAAGCGUCAAGUGUGGUGAGCAGUUCUGGAAUGCGAACUGCCACCUCUGGAAUGACUGGAGCCACAUCAGUGUACUCAUCACCACUGGCCGAGUUGGCAUCCUGCCUUCCCCCAGAUCUGCGACAUUUACUGAAUACACCUGGCAUGGCAGACAGCAUUGCUUGUGGCAAGCAGCUACCUACAUACAUGCAUAAUCUGAAGGAGCAGUUGCGUGAUGAAAUAAGGGCCACUACAUCAGAUCGCCGUCGUUUACCUGGUUUGAUGGACAAGGAUCGUGAGGCAAGACUGCGCAGAGAGAGGGACAAAUUUGAGGCACUUCGAGAUCCUUUAAAGCGGUUGGAUGUGCAACGAAAACUGGCUUCUCCUGUAAUUGGGCGAUCACGCAAGUUGCGAGGUCACCGAAGGCAGCUCUCAGACCCCAAAAUUCAUCCUCCAUUCUCACCCAUAAAGGAGGAUGGCAGCUUGGAGAGCGACUAUGACAGGAGAUAUCUUCAUCCAUCUCUGAAACCACCAUAUAAAGCCUAUGAAUAUGAAUCUAUUGAUGACGUGGGGUGGCGAGCAGAGUGGGAUCCAUCUCAGUCAUACUUGACAUCUUCAUAUGCUGCUGCAGGCGGUGCGCUCCGUGAGACGGCCAUCAACAGUGUGCUGGAUGAGGAUCACUACCUUUCCAGCUCCAGGUACAGUCUGCGUAGGUCAAGCGAUGGUCCAGCUGGAAUAGACACACGAAGACGCCAUGAUAUGCGUAAGAAUCGCAAACCUCGCUCCUGGAAUCCAUCACCAUAUGGCAGUGAUGAUGAUGAUGACCAGCUCACUCGAGAAGAAAAGAAAGCAAAGAUCAAGGCAGAGAUUGCCAGGCGUCGCCAGCAGAUUGAGGAGAAUGCUCGUCUUCAUGAAGAGCUUCUGCGCUUAGCAAGACUGCGGGAGAGUGCGGAAUUGGGUUUCACGCCUCACUCUGGACCAGAGUUAGGGCGGGGUGGUGGCUACGGGACAUCGAGUGUGCUCAAGUCAAUCGAUGAGCUCCUGUUUUCAGGGCGGGGAGGUGGUCUCCACUUUGACUACCAUGCCCAUUCUCCGCGUCGUUCAGAAGAAGACCGCUCAAUGGAUCGCAUAGCUUCCACCUUUCGCACGGAUGAUUACACAGCUGGGGUUUAUGAGCGCCUCUCUGACUUCUCCCCGUUGACAGACUUCACGCUCCAUGCUAUGCCACUGCUGCCUGACAUGCCCACUCGCUCACGCAAACUGCUUGAGGAUCUGGGCAGCUCCCCAAUCAACGAGUCCAUACUCGCACUCCCCCAGAAAGGUCAGUCUCGGUACUCAGACAAACCACAGAAUAAGAAGAAACACACACAGCAGCAACAGCAACAACAGCAACAGCAGCAGCAACAACAACAGCAACAACAACAACAUCAACAACAACAGCAGCAGCAGCAGCAGCAACAUCAUCAGCAGCAUCAGUCUUUUCCAGAAGGCUAUGGUACAAUAGGGAGAAGCUCAAGGAAACCCCAGAAAGCUUGUAGUGCGGGUGAGGGAAGUGCCCCGCCAAAGAAAGCGCAAGCAUCCAGUGUACAACAUGCAGCGCCGAAAUACGACUUUCCUGUAAAACAUCUCCUUUUGACACGAGACCCCAAGGACAGAUCAGUUGGAGGCAAUGGUCUUGGCAUGAGAGUGAUUGGUGGAAAAGAAAUUCCAGGCACAGGGGGGCAGCUUGGAGCGUAUGUAACCCGAAUUUACCCAGGAGGAGUAGUGGAGUCACUUGGAGAAAUCAAAGAAGGGGAUCAAGUCCUGGAGUGGAAUGGUGUCUCCCUUAUGGGGAAGACAUUUGAAGAUGUGCAGAAGCUAGUGUCCCAAACAGAAGGCGAGGUUGAAAUAGUUGUGAAGAGCACAAGAGCAUCUGCAUCACCAAAGCCACCACAGCAAUGUAUCCAGUCUCUAGCCUUGUAUGACAACAAGCAUAAUGGGAGCAACGGCAUUUCUUCAGCCUACAGCGAUUCGCAAGCCUAUAGCCAUGCUGAUGAGACUGAGAGGAACUUGUCAGGAUGUGUGAAGAGGAGGGGUUCGUCAGUGGAGGAGCCUGGCGCUGGACUGCAACAGACACCUAACAAAGGAGAAGUCCAGCUGCAAGUGUGUUAUGACAAGAAAGCACAUAUACUGUAUGUCAUCGUGAAGAGAGCAAGAAACUUGCCAAUGUGUCAGGGUGUUCCUCCUGACCCUCUGAUCAAAGUGUACCUUCUGCCAGGAAGGAAUAUGGAGAACCAUCGUCAGACACGUUACUUCUCACAGACUUGUGAUCCUGAGUGGAAUACAACAAUGGUGUAUGAAAAUGUGCCAGCAGAAGAGUUGAGUACACGGUACCUGGAAGUGACUGCAUGGAAUUACAGCAUCUAUGAUCCAAAGCAUUGUCUUGGUGGUGUGCUGCUGGAUCUUGCAGAUCCAAGUGUGAUGGAUGAGGAGGCGCGGUGGUAUGCUCUUGAAGACAAUCCAAUGCUGCAGGUCUCAUUCAGUGGUCAUGGCUCAGUCAGUGCGAAAGGGCGCGGCAGUAACAACCGUGUGCCUCUCUUCCCAACUGCCACAAUGUCAGCAAAUGCAUUCAGUUCCCACGGCUGUCAUGGGACCAUCUGCUCCAUUUUAUAGCAUCUUGCCUCCUCACUUGUUUGCUGGCCUUUACAUCUUUGUGUCACCAGAUUUCUUCAUCAGAGAAGCCUAUAUUUAUGAAUUCUGCAAGUACUGUUAACCAACCAUGCUUCAGGAGUCUCCACUGAUGUUCGUUAACAUCUUGUUGCAAAACAUUCCUUUGUCUAGAAUUUAUCAGUUAUAGAAACAUACUAUAUUUUUGGAAAGCUUUAACUCAUUGUUAUGAAUAUGUGCUAAUUUGUAUCCUCUGGAUUACAUUUUCUCUUAUCAUAUGAAUUAUUGCAAUCUUGAAAUCUUAUAGCUAGUCCUCCUACAUGACAUCAGUAUGUCACUUGUAGGUCACAUUAAGCUGAACUGGUGAUGCAAGUAGAUGUUAUUCCAGUUACCAAAAUGUCAUGUAAUUUGAAAUUGAUAUGUUCACAUCUCUGCAUGAAAACACAUUGUGCUGCAAUUAGUAAGGGGGGAGAACAUUUCAAUCACAAGUUAAUAUCAUUUGCUGUAAAAAUAAUGCACGUAUUCAGAAAAAUUCAAAUAAGUGGCAAACAAUCAUGCGUAGUCUAUUUCAUUAGGACAGAGGGACACAAUAUAUAGUUCUACUGCUGCCCCCAGUGUGGAGACAAAAAUUAGAUUCUUAUGAGUUACAAAUUGGAAAACAUAUCUAAAAUUUGAAUAUAUAUGGUAUAAUCUAACAUAGGAACUCCCUUCCAGAGUUAAAUUAUUUUAUGUAGACAGUUACAGAAUUUUGAUAUUGAGUGAAGAGACUGUGCUUGUGAUUGGCUGACUUGGUAGUGGUGCAGUAAACUGCUGUGUUCUGUGGACACUAUUUCUGGUGACUUGUGUGUCAAGGAUGAACAAAAUAUAUGCUUCAAAAUAAGAACUCAGAAGACUGAUAACUUACAUCAGCUCUGUUCAGCAAUGCCACAAGAUUACAGUUGCCUCCAACUGCGAAACAUUAGUUGUAGAUAAGUCCUUGGGGAUUUUUUAGGUCAUUUCAUGAAAUGUAACUUAUUUCAUGACUGCCAAAGUGGAUAGUGAAUGGUUUCUUAGUUGCUGGUUUAAUUCUGUUCAUUCAAGUUUCUGUGUGUAGUUACUUCUGCUACUGUAAUAUCGCAGUAUUAUAUUUAUUACUGUAUAUGCAAUUUUUCUUCUGGUUUAAUUGCCCUUCAGAUCAAGAAAACUGUCUCAGACACCAAGUAUAGAUAGUGGAAUUGUUAGUGAGCGUACAGAAACAAGAUGUUACAUUUUACCAGUUUUAGCCUAUAGUAUGAAUGAUAUGUUAUGCAUUACUUAUUUAUAUGUGUAGGGCAAAUAUGUGUUAUGUGGCUGGUGUCAAUACUACUGCAGGGAGCUUGGUACACUCUUCCAUUCUAACUCUACCAUCCCUUCCACAUGUUAUUGUCUCCAAGACUGGCACCAUCAUGAUAGAUAUCAUUUUAAAUGUUAUACUUGAUGAUUCAUACAGUUCUUCAUUUAGAGCCUUGAUAUUAAAUAAGCCAGUGUGAGAAACAUCUUUCUUGUGAAUUCAUGAAUACAGUUAGGGCUUUUAAUUUUAAACUGUAAUUACUAAAUCCUUUAGAUUUUGUGAA